AUGAAGGCCUUUAAGGCAGCAGCAGAUGGCCAAUUGGCCUAUGGGUUCAUGCAGAUGCAGUGGAUGUCAGAUCUCCUGGAACUGGAGUUACCAGCAUUUGUGAUCUACCUGAUACCUGAUAUGAGUACUGAGAAACAAAACUCCCGGUCAUCUGAAAGAACAUAUGCUUUCCUUUCUGCCGCCGCCUUGCCAUCCAGACUAAGGAAGACCCGGAAACUCUGGGGCCACGUGAGCCAUGGCCAUGGUCGCAUUGGUAAACACUGCAAGCACCCAGGAGGCCGCAGGAAUGCUGGAGGCAUGCAUCACCACAGGAUCAACUUCGACAAAUACCAUCCAGGUUACUUUGGGAAAGUUGGUAUGAGGCAUUACCACUUAAAGAGGAACCAGAGCUUCUGCCCAACAGUCAACCUGGAUAAGUUGUGGACACUGGUCAGUGAGCAGACUAGGGUCAAUGCUGCCAAGAACAAGACUGGAGCUGCUCCCAUCAUUGAUGUUGUGCGAUCGGGCUACUACAAAGUUCUGGGGAAGGGGAAGCUCCCUAAGCAACCUGUCAUUGUGAAAGCCAAAUUUUUCAGCAGAAGAGCUGAAGAGAGGAUAAAGGGUGUUGGAGGUGCUUGUGUCCUGGUGGCUUGAACCACACAGGGAGGU